CGUGCUUGUCAUUUUCUUGUCAUUUCAAGUGCUUUUUGCAGGAGUGACAGCAUGGAGUGAGGAUGGAUUGUGCACGAUCCAUCGUGGGAUGGCCCUUCGAAUUCAUUAAUCUUGAAUUGGUCAAAUGGGUAUAAGUUUGUGCAGCUAAACCCGUCCCAUCUAGCAUUGAGUGCAACAAGGAGGGCAUAUCAAUCAUUGGUGGGCGGAAGGGACGAGGAUGUACGUUACGUGGAAUGCUGCUUGGGGUCCAUAUUUGAGCUUGGGAAGGUUUCAGAAACUCUUUCACCAUGUUGUUUGGUUCUUGAAAGAAUCAGGACAAGGGCGUCGGUGUGCAGCACCAACCGCUGCUUAUUUUUCUUGCGGUUGUUGCUUAUUGUAGGCGAGCCAAAAGUGACGAUUUCACCCGCGUUUUUGAUGUGCUACGUCUACGAUAAGCUGUCGAUGGGAGUAGCGUAGUAGGUAUAGCGUAUUCACAUUGAAGAUUUACAUCAUGACUGACAGCGAUGUCUAAUCAGACAUCGUCAUCAUGUAAGAGAAAAUAUAAAAGUCAUGAUGUAUUGUCUGGAAGUUAUUUGAUUUUCCGCAAGGGGUACAUGCGAUUGCUUCCUGGCAUUGUGGUUUCAUCGAGCAUAGGCUCCACUCCGAACGUUGCCUGCAAGUUCCAGCGUCGGAAAUGCCCUGUGGACUGCUUGUUGGCGCCGUAGUUCCCUCCGGACCAGCCCAUGUGCUUUGCCAACGCGCACAGGCUCUUCCGAGUAGCGAACAUAUCGAGGCUUAUACGAGAGAAUCGGAGCUCCGUCGAGAAUGUGAUGAAGAGUGUCUGCUUCGAGUCUAACACUCGGGAACGAGAUCUUGUCAAUGGAAUAUAUGGGACAUUACGAUAUUUUCAGCGAGAGGCCGAGAGACUGGAGGAGAACAGAACGGCUUGGUCUGCAUUCUUCGGAGUAUUACAGGUCCUUCAGAGUAUUACGCACAUGCACUGCCUACUUAGGUCGCCUUUACAAAGACAACGUCAGCGCUGCAAGACAACGAUGUUUAUCAUAUGUUGCAGCAGCAUCUACAACAGCAACAACUGCAUUACAUGCAGAUGCCCCAGCAGCAGAUGUCUUCUCUAGAGUGUUUUGUUAGAGUAUUUUGUUAAUUUUAAUGCCGGUGGUGGAGGCUUUAAUCCGGUGGAAACAACGGACGUGUCGACCUCUAUCCACUUAUGCACCUCAUAGAUAGAAGUGCAAAAGUUACUCUUCAUCGGGCCUCUUCUUCGUACACUGGAACAGCAGCGAGAGACUUUCUCUCCCUCACACACAACUCUUAACUCUCGCUAUUAUUGACUUUUGUUGUAAUUGCAGAUAAUACAGAAUCUGCAGCUUUACAUCGUUAAUUUUUUUUUCUUUCUGUUUCUUUUCUCCACAGCUAUAAAUCUAUCCAGACGCACAUGCAAUGUCUUCCCAGGAUUUUAUAUUUUAUGACAAACUAAUAAAAAACAUGGCUGAUUCGCCC